AUGGCCUUUGCCAAUAUCACAUGUUAUUCGAUCGGUGCUAUCGAGUCCUUCGGCGCAAACUGCUGUGUAAUGUUUCUGCUACUCUGCUCCAUCCCAAUAUCCUUCCUCUUGCUCAACAUCUCAAACAUCCUUCUACCUUUGCACCAGGACCCUAACAUCACCCGCAUGGCACACACCUACCUCAUCUUUUCCCUCCCCAACCUCCCCACCCACUCCUUUCUCCAUCCAAUCCGCAUUUACCUUCGCGCACAGGGCGUCACCCACCCGAUCACCUUAGCGUCCCUGGCUGGAACCCUCCUCCACUUCCCCUUCAACUACCUUCUCGUCAGGCGACUCCGCCGCGGCCUCGCCGGCGUCGCGGCAGCUUCCGCUGCCUCCAGCCUCUCCAUCCUCCUCUUCCUCGCCACGCACGUGUGCCUCACAGGCCUUCGCUGCGCCGCGCCGACCCGAGACUGUCUCUCCGGGUUGAAGCCGCUGCUCCGGCUCGCCGCGCCGAGCUGUGUCUCCGUUUGCCUGGAGUGGUGGUGGUACGAGAUCAUGAUAGUUUUGUGUGGGCUUUUGGCACUUCAACGGUGGUGUCUUGGAGGAGCUGAAGCUUAAAAUAGGAAGUUUUGAUUUUUUCUUUUGUUUGUAAUGUUUACCUUACUCUUUUG